CUCUACCUAACCUACGAGUAUUUUAUCUUGUAUUCAAGUUCAGUACGUAUAGGAAUCAUGUUGAAAUAUUCGGUGUUUUUAGUUCUAUCGGUUUUUGUCGUGGUAAUGGGGCAUUCGCUUCUAACACCACAACAACACGUAGAACUCAAUGGUUUCAUGUUUUGUGCUCAUAGCCUCACAGAUCCCAAUAUUCUGCCAGGUAUUUGUCGCGAAGCAGCGAGAAGGGAAGGAUUCAGUGGCUACUAUGAGAGCCAUAUGCAAAAUCUGUCUUGCAAAACAGGUGCAGAUGGAUACGUGCUGCUAGAUCCUGGCAACGGAGGCGAAUGGGAAUAUGUGGAAGAUUCUUUACUCGAAUGCACAUACCAAUGGGCGCGAGCCAAUAUUGCCACCAGAACAUUUGGUAGAGGAAAAGAAAGAGAUGAUGUGUUUCAAUAUAAGCAGGAUCCCGACAGAAAUAAUGCUUAUAUCGUCGAAUCACUACGUGACGGUAUGCUGACAAAUUUAAUUCCACCUGCUCCUCCACGACAACGAGAACGACGAGAACGACGAGGACGACGAUAAUGACAUUGAUUGGUUUCAUGUUUUGUGCACAUAGCCUCACAGAUCCCACUAUUCUGCCAAGAAUUUGUCGCGAAGCAGCGCGGAGGGAAGGAUUCAGUGGCUACUAUGAGAGCCAUAUGGAAAAUCUGUCUUGCAAAACCGGCCAAGAAGGAAACGUGCUGCUAGAUCCUGGCAACGGAGGCGAAUGGCAAUAUGUGGAAGAUUCGUUACUCGAAUGCAAAUACCAAUGGGCACGAGCCGAUAUUGCCACCAGAACAUUUGGUAGAGGA